AUGAAGAUGAAUGUGCGGUGCGAAAUCCUUGUUCCCAUACCUGUCAUAACACCAUGGGAUCUUACUACUGCUCUUGUCCGAAAGGCCUCGCUAUCUCUGCGGAUGGUAGAACAUGUCAGGAUAUUGAUGAGUGUGCGUUAGGUGGACAUACCUGCCAUGCUGGCCAGGACUGUGAAAACAUCAUUGGCUCAUACCGCUGCAUGGUUAGAUGUGGGAUCGGCUUUAGGAGGACAGCUGACGGGUUUAGCUGCCAAGAUGUUAACGAGUGUCAAGAGUCCAACUUCUGUCAUCAGCGUUGCUUCAAUACUAUAGGAAGCUUCCACUGUGGUUGUGAUCCAGGAUACCAGCUAAAGGGCAGAAAAUGCAUGGAUGUAAAUGAGUGCAGGCAGAAUGUAUGCAGGCCUGAUCAACUUUGCAAAAAUACCCGUGGUGGCUAUAAGUGCAUUGAUCUGUGUCUCAGUGGAAUGACCAAAGCAGAAAAUGGAACUUGCAUUGACAUUGAUGAAUGCUGGGAUGGAACCCACCAGUGCCGCUAUAACCAGAUUUGUGAGAACACACGGGGAAGUUACCGUUGUGUGUGUCCAAGAGGAUAUCGGUCCCAGGGAGUUGGAAGAUCUUGUGUGGACAUAGAUGAAUGUGAAACCAGAGAUACUUGUCAGCAUGAAUGCAGAAACACUCUAGGAAGUUACCAGUGUACUUGUCCAUCUGGUUAUCGCCUUACACCCAAUGGCAAAACCUGUCAAGAUAUUGAUGAGUGCCUUGAACAGAACAUUAAUUGUGGAUCAAAUCGGAUGUGUUUCAACAUGAGAGGAAGCUACCAGUGCAUAGACACACCUUGUCCACCAAACUAUCAGCGAGAGCCUCUUUCUGGGUUCUGUCUGAAAAACUGCCCAGCCAACGACUUGGAGUGCGAUCUGAGUACCUACGCCUUGGAAUACAAACUCCUUUCCCUCCCCUUUGGCAUAGCUGCUGGUCAGGAUUUAAUCCGGCUGGUUGCCUAUACUCACGAUCAAGUCAUGCACCCAAGGACAACUUUCUUAAUGGCAGACGAGGACCCAGCAAUCCCAUUUGCCCUGAGAGACGAGAACUUGAAAGGAGUCGUGUUCACCACCCGACCGCUGCGAGAGCCAAAGACUUACCGCAUGGGAGUCAGAGCUUUAUCCUACAGCGUCGAUGGAAAUAUUGAGUAUCGGACAACUUUCAUUGUUUAUAUAGCUGUGUCAGCCUAUCCCUAUUAA